CGAGCGUUUUGUCCACAGUCAAAAUGCAUCAGGAACAGUUGAUUUCGAAACCAUCAACUAAGACAGUUGCCGUCUUCUUUUUAGUGUUGGUGGUGUUAAUGUGUUGUGGUGAGUUUGUACGUAUCGAGAUGAUUCUGAAGCAACAAAACACGAAAAUACAACAGUUGGAGAACAAGAUGACCUUUCAAGCAGUCAAUGUAGACAAGAUGGCUGCAACGAAAGGAAAGAGUUUUGAAACAAAUGCAAAUUGGAUUAAAGAAGAAGGGAUAAGGAAGGUGAAACAACGGUUUCGCCGAAAUGUCUUUCAAAACGAAGAGGAGGGGUCCUCAGCUGAUGAGAAUCAUACCAUUUAUAAAACAAUAGAAAGUAAACUGACGAACAUGUUGAAGGAAGAGAUGACCAAGGCCAUGUCAUCACUGCACACCGCAAAGUAUCUUAUUACUGUUUCGGGUCCUCAGGGACCUCCGGAUCCACCAGGGGUUCGAGGUAAAAGAGGAAAAAAGGGACCAAGAGGAGCCAUAGGUAAACCAGGUAGAACAGGCAAGCAAGGACUACCUGGACUAAAAGGUGAUCCAGGACAAAAUGGAGCUCCUGGUCAUCGAGGCAUGCCGGGACCAAAAGGGGACCGUGGUCCUUCGUUAGAAAAUCCAUCAGUUGUCAUCUUUCCGCCUCAUUUGAUCGUCAGUGAAAGCAAGCCAGCCGUUUUGCACUGUUCUGCAAGUGGAUAUCCUAGACCAGAGAUCGUUUGGAGUAAAGUGGAUGGUUUAUUGGCCCCCAACAGAUCAAUGGUUGAUGAUAAUGGUAAACUGUUGAUAGAAAACGUCACAUUUAAUGACUCAGGGAUAUAUCAGUGUCAGGUUUCUAGUAUCCUCGGGAAAACCCAGACAACAUCAAGACUCGAAGUGAACAUUCGUCCAAGGCUGUUAUUAAAAAAAGGACCAAUCUACGCUAAGAUAGAAGACAAUGUUACUCUUCCCGUGUGUCAUGUGACUGGCCAUCCACAACCGGAAGUUGUAUGGCAGAAACCAUUAGGGCAGUUACCAAGUAAGCGUGCCAGUCUUCGAGAUAAUAUUUUGACUUUAUUAAGCAUUAGAAGUGAAGAUUCUGGUACCUAUCUUUGUAGGGCUGAAAAUCAACUGGGAUUCGAAGUAGCAGGAUGUAUGUUAGUCGUGGUACAGUUGCCAGUAUUCAUCGUUAGACCUCCGCUUGUCAUAAACGUCACACUCGGCUCGACCAUCAUGCUCAAUUGUUCAGCUCGAGGUGACCCUCCAGCGUUCAUCAGCUGGAGAAAAGAAGAACAGGAUGUUCCAGCAGGACAGCAUGAAAUCCGUCAUGGGUCAUUGAUAAUAAAAAAUGUUGUCAGCUCUGAUUCAGGUGUGUACCUGUGUUCCGCUACGAGUGCUGGAGUUGCUGAUACAGAAGCUAAAACACGAAUAAACAUUGUCUACAGAGAUUGUGCACAGAUUUACAAAUCAGGAGAAAGACCUAGCGGUGUGUACACAAUACAACCCGACAGUCAAGGAUCCUUUCAAGUCUACUGUGACAUGACAACUGACGGAGGGGGUUGGACAGUGUUCCAGAGAAGGCAAGAUGGAUCAGUCGACUUUUAUCAUGGCUGGCAGCAGUACAAAACCGGUUUUGGCAACCCGAAUGGCGAGUUUUGGUUGGGUAAUGACCAUAUCCAUCGACUGACAAAAAGAACAGCCUUAAUGCUACGUAUAGAGCUGGAGGACUGGAAUGCAGUAAAGUAUUUUGCCAAAUAUGGUAGUUUUAGUAUUGGUCCUGAAUCAGACAAGUACAAACUAAAGGUUGGCUCGUAUUCGGGUGAUGCUGGAGACUCAAUGAAAUACCAUAAUAACAUGUUUUUCACUACCAAAGAUCAAGAUAACGACAAGAAUAGCAACAAUUGUGCGUCCCAAUAUACUGGUGCUUGGUGGUAUGGGGCUUGCUAUGAUUCAAAUCUGAAUGGGAAAUAUUUGGGAAAUACAAAUGAUGCCAAGGGAAUUUGCUGGACUCAACUUAUGGGUAACUUUAAAACAUUCAAGCGUUCAGAAAUGAAAAUACGAUCCACAACAUUCUAAUGUUAUUUUGAUAUUCCGCGCUACGCGUCGUGCGUCUUCUAACGCUUUUCGCUUGACUUAUUCACCACUUCGGCACUAGCCAUCACGUGGUAUAGAUUUUAUUGCAUUGUGCUGUGAUCACCACCAGCUUUUCUUAAUGCUAUUUAGAGAAACAAAUAAACAAAUCAAGUAAAUAAUUUGUUCGAAAGUAAGUACAUUUGUACGGGAAUCAAAGAACAAUGUCCGACCUUUUUGGUGACGAUAACACAAUCCUACAUCAUUUAUCCCACGUGAUGGCCGGCGCCGAAGUGGUGAAUUAGAGCUCGAGGUUACUACAUAGUAAUAACAACGAUUUAUUUAAUAUUUUUGAUUUCACAUUUAGAAAAUGUUAAGUAUAAAAUGGACGCACCAAAUGAACUAAUUAAAUUCAACUAAUCUAAUUCAAAUUAUAUAUGCUCAUAUCAAAUAUAACUUUAAAUGACUAGUGGCUAACACUACGAAAACUCUUAGUUCAUUUGGCCCGCUCUAGGCAUUCAAAAAUGAAAAAGUACAAAUAAAAUUGCUUUAUAUUAAACGAAGACUAAACCUAUACAUUGUAAUUUAGCUGAAAUAAUGUCUAACUUAAAAUGCAUUAUGAAAGACGGAGGAGCUCCCGAUACUAACAGAAAGGACUACCCGAUCUGCCUGGCUGCAGAUGACGUCGUUCUCA